AUGCCUCCUACUGUGCCCUUACCGCCUCUUCCGACAUCUCCUUCAUCUAUUAAAUCACGGACGGCAACAUUUACAGGAGGAUCUCCCAGACUCACCACAGGUUCGACCAAAAAGGCGUCAUUUACCUCGAUGUCAUUCCGUCCACAUAAGCCGAUCAAAUACGGGACUGGGAAGUUUUCUCAUGUGGAAUUGGUACCGCAACCAAGCGAUGAUCCACAGGAUCCUCUGAACUGGCCUCAGUGGAAGAAGGAAUUUAAUCUGGCCUCCUUACUGUUCAUGGCAAGCUUGAUUGGAGCAAUGAAGACGGCGCUUGUUUCUGUCAAUCAGGUUAUUGCCACUCGGUAUAACGUUUCCUAUACUUGGGUUGCCGCCUUGACCGCUGCGCCAUUGAUGGUGUCGGCCAUUACUGGCUUUCUCAGUUCGGUAGCAGCGAAAUUGGUAGGAAAACGACCAGUGUAUCUAGUCUCGUCGGCCUUCAUCUUCGCCGGCUGCAUAUGGAACAUGACUGCAGAUUCUAGCUACGGGUCAUGUAUGGGUGCUCGAGUAAUGCAGGGACUUGGCUGGGGUGCUUUUGACACCUUGCUCAUGGAGACUAUUCAGGAUACAUUCUAUGAACACGAAAGGAACAUUCGAGUGUCUCUGUACACAAUCCUUACCAUUACAACCACCUGGGCAUCGCCGCUUCUUGGAGGCGUCAUAUCCUAUCGCGUUGGAUCGUUUGUUGCCCAGUACCGCAUACUCAGCGCACUUUUCGCUGUUGCCCUUCCUAUGCUGGCCCUGACAGCGCCCGAAACUGCAUUUAAUCGCUCUAAAGCUGCCAUUGCAACCACUCCGGUACUCAGUUUCGCAUUUCCCUGGGAGCCACAGCAGGCUCAUAUCGAGCUUAGCAGAGACUCUGCUAUCGACUACGUCAAGGAGAUGAAGCCUUGGUCGUUCACUGGAGAGAAUACGUUUUCAACCUCGAUCCAAGCGCCACGAGCUCUUGCGGCUCCCACCACCACACUUGUCUUCAUUGUCACGGCACUACCUCAUUGUUUCCUAUGGGGCUUAGUUGCUUCUCUGUCUCUUUUGCUCUCACCACCGCCCUUUAGCCUCCAACCUAGCAUUAUCGGAACCCUCCUGACAGGCCCUUGGAUACUCGCAAUUCUGCUUGUUGCUGGUAUCUGCUACUAUCGCUCAGCACGCCAGAGUUUCACCCGAUGCGUCAGUAGCCUCAUGAUAGCCGCCGGUGCGCUCCUGGCUCUUAUGGGGCUCAUUUCUUUUGGAUUGAAUGUCGGCAGUUUCAUGUCUUGGCCUUCUUCAUCGUCCAACGAGAGCCAAGCACCCCUUUUGACACCCGAAGCAUCUCGAGAGCUUAAUCUUCCCCUUUUGUCAUUGCAGCUUGGGCUGCUCGCAGCUGGUGCUUCUACACUAGAGGCUACUGCACGUCCCCUUCUCGCUCGAUCAGCGUCCUUCACUGCGUCUAGUAUGGCCACAGCGCAGCGGAGUAUCGGCGAUAUGCACUCAUGGGUGGUCAUCUUGCGAAACCUUUUGGCCGGUGCAUUCGUCCUCACCGUGCCUCAUGUUAUUCCCAAAGCUGGAGGGCUCAAGGCUCUCGUCAUAGGCCUGGGAACAGUACAGGUUGGAAUUACAAUAUUUGUCCUCUUAUUAUGGCACUUCUGGGAAAAGAGUGUCUGGAGGAUGGAUGGCAAAGUCAUGGGGCUUGUCAACUUGCGAAUGCCGCAUCCCGAGGAGAGCUUUUUCGAUACCGAUUGA